AUGUCUGUUCUGCCACCUAUCUUGACCAACUGUGUCACUUAACACUCAUCAGUUAAUUGACAACAACCACGAACGCUUGCAUAACUUACCAGAUCGAUCUCGAGGUCAGAUGAAGGUUAUAUCAGUGGCUCUAUCAAGUUGCUAUCAAGGUUUCGACAAGGAUAAUUAUGGUAUGACAUUUUGGCCAAUAAUUGUGUGACGCUAUAUGUCCCUCCUAUAAGUAGGUGUGCGUGACGCGUGGCAGUAUUCUGUAAUAUGUCGUCCACGUCCACCCUCACCUCCGUCGUGUCUGUAGUGGUUGUCCUUACAUCCUUCGUAGCAAUACACGGGAUGCCCAAAGUUACUACAUGGGGGCGUUCUUGUUAUGAAAUAGACUACGACGCAAUCCAAAUCAUUACGAACGGAACGACAUGGGAAAGACGUUGUCAUACCUGCACCUGCGUCGACGGUGAGAUUCUCUGUAACGGCCCCUCCUGUGCUUUAGAGUAUAAGCCUGAGUUCGAAUACAUGUGCACCAAGUGGACUGAGGACGGGUGUUGUUGUGAGCACGUGGGGUGUGUGGUGGACGGGGUGGUCAUUGAUCUGGAAGCGUGGUACACCCGUCCCGACGACUCUUGUACCCAGUGUAGAUGCGGAGUCGGAUUUCAGCAGUGUAGGUCGACAGAAAACUGUGUCUCGGGACCUAUGAACACAUACUGACGGAAAUGUCAUGUUAAUAACAAGCCGACUUAUUGAUUUGUUUGGUUAGUAACCGAAACAUUCCGAUCUCUGAAGUUUUUUU